AUGUCAGAAAUACUUACACCGAGGGAAUCUGGGAAAUUUAUUGCUGACAAUAGUAUAGAUGUCAAGAUUAAGAGAGAUGGAAUAGAGAAAACUGCAGCUAUUAUUUUUGAAAGUGUGAAGAGUGGCAAAUUCACAGGGAAAAAUUGGAAAAGCCAUGAGCUCCAUCCAAAGUCAAUGGACAACAAAGCCAUUGAUUGGAUAUUUUUUGUGGACACUUUAAACUUCUCAUUUUGGACUGACAGUGAUGAAAACUAUUUUAACGUCAGUUAUAAAGACCAAGUGUAUACUGGUUACUGGUCACUGUGUGCGGCAGUCAAUAGGGCAUUAGAUGAAGGCAUUCCAAUUACCUCACCAUCAUUCUAUAAAACAAUAACAAUGGAACAACUGGAGAAAGUAUUGAGAAGCAACACCAAAUGUACAAUGCCAUUACUGGAGGAAAGACUUAGUAACCUCCAUGAAGCUGGUAAAAUACUUGUUGAAAAUUUUGAUGGUUCAUUUGCUAACUGUAUCGCAGCAUGUCAAAACAGUGCAUUGAAGUUAUUACAAUUGGUAACAAGUACAUUUAGGUCUUACCAAGAUAUUGCAACCUAUGAAGGUAAAACUGUAUCACUCUACAAACGUGCCCAAAUUGUUAUUGCUGAUAUCUGGUCCUGUUUUGAAGGCCAAGGUCUUGGUCAUUUUCAUGAUAUUGACUGUUUAACCAUGUUUGCUGAUUACAGAGUUCCACAGUCAAUGGUGUAUUUUGGAAUAUUUGAGUACUCCUCUCAUCUCAUGGAGAAACUAAAAUCCAAUACAUUGAUAUCUUCUGGUGAGAGACAAGAAGUAGAGAUCAGAGGUUGUUCUAUCUGGGCUGUUGAGCUCAUUCUGGAAAAAUUAAAGCUACUGGCAAAAAAGGAUCCAUUACAGAAAGACGCUAUAUUGAAUGCUAUCAUAGUUGAUUUUUAUCUAUGGGACUAUGCACAAUCACAUCGCCAGCAAAUGAAGGACAUACCUAUUCAUAAAACUCGUACCAUUUAUUACUAAGUCAUGACAAAAUGUAGUAUACUCUGUGUAAAAUUUCCCAGCAGGAUAUCAGCAAAUACUAG